AUGGCUUGUCAAAACGGUGGUAAAUGCGUGGAGAACUUAAUAAAAUGGUCAUACAAGUGUAUUUGUACGGAGAAAUAUACAGGAAAUCAUUGUGAAGAUGGUAAGUGAUAACCACAUAUCCAUCCAUUUUCCUUACAAGGGCUCAUCUGGUGUCGUAGGGAUCAUGUGUUUUCCUUUGAGACCGAUGUAUAAGAGACCGCAACAUACAUAAUUUCCACAAAUUUUAUUCUGUGUGUUUUUUCUCUCAGAUGUAGACGAGUGUUUCAACAUUCCCUGUCAGAACGGUGGGAAAUGUAUCAACAGAAAUGGCGAUUAUCGAUGUGAUUGUAACCAUGGAAACAGUGGCAAGAACUGCCAUUUAGGUAAAUAUAUUCGGGCUCCUUACGCUUUCCAAAAUGUUGGAUAAUUUAGGAAUAUGUAAAUGAAAAAAAAAUUGCACACAUUUUUAUUUAAGCAAUGUGCAUUAACUUAAAAAAAAUCUUGCAUACGUCGCCUAAUGUUUGAGGAUUUUCACGAAUAGAUUAUUAAAAUAUGAAGCUAGCGCCAGUAAUUAGUUUGUGAUAAUGAGUAUUACUUUGAUUUUCAGAUUGCAAGGUCAACAAAGUUGAUCUGGGGAUUCUAAUUGAUGGCUCUGCUAGCGUGCAGUUCUACGGAAAGGACAACUUUCAGAUUAUUAAAGAUUCUAUAAAAACCUUUAUACGAACAUUCAAUGUGUCAAGUGGUUUAACACGUGUUGGAGUUAUCGUUUUCUCCACAAAUGCCACAGCAGUGUUUAAACUGGACAGUUACACAACUCAGUCAGACGUUGAACAGGCGAUUGAUAACAUAACGUAUCCUGCUGGCGGCACAUAUACUGGAAAAGCCUUAACAAAGGCUGCAGAAGAUUUGUUUGGCCCAAACUCGGUACGAUCAAGCAAUGUUUCCAAAAUCCUGGUCGUAGUUACAGAUGGUGUUUCCACGGAUGACGUCACUCAGCCAGCCGCGCUACUCAAGAACAUUAACGUGGUCCCUUAUGUUGUUGGAAUUGGUUCAAACUAUGAUGUUUCCCAGCUCGAGCAGAUAGCUGUCAAUGCCACGAAUCGGGUUUUCAAAACUGAAUUUAACUCACUUUCGGAAACUUUUAUCAGACUUAAAGGAAAGAUCUGUCAGGGUAUUUAUCUUUUUCAUAAUGUUUGUUUUAAUAUGAGAUUAUUGGGGCUUCCUAUGACCAUUUUCCUCUGUUAUUUCAUCCGCAGAUUUGGAUAAAUGUGCGGAUAAUCCCUGUAGGUUUGGUGGUGUUUGCCAAAAUAAUGGUUUGAAUUGUACGUGCGCGCAAGGUUUCCAAGGAGCAGAAUGUUCUGAAGGUAGGACGAUUAAAAUGAUGUGCAAGCAUGCUUCCAUAAAAUGACGCCACAGAUCUGUUUGAUACCAUUAUACUUUUGCUUUUACUGGUGCAUAUCAAAUAAUAACAGUAUCAAACUUCGUUGCACUAUUGAAAAAUAUCUCGCAUUAGGUCCAUUAGGAAAACAAACGGUUAAUUCAGAUGUUUCAUACGCUCCUAGGAGUUGUGACAAUGGCUUUUGAUCCAAAUGUAUUGUUGUUUCUGUUACCAUAUUGUCUCUUUUUACACCACUAGAAUGUGAGACGUUUUUUUUCAAUUUUAUGCUAUCAGAUGUAAAAGAAUGCUCAAACGUAAGUUCCAACUGCACUUUUGGAAAACGUUGCACUGAGACCUUUGGUGGGUUUGAAUGUACAUGCGCUAAUAGUUCUCUGUACGGUGAGAAUUGCACCAGAGGUGAGUGAUUUCAAGGAACUUUAUAAUUAUGAUUGUUCACCCGAGAGGAGGUCAAUAGUAGUGGAGAAUUACCGAGCCAAAUAUCCACCACUUUCACCAACACUUAGGAGAAUAAUUACUUUAGCAUAAACCACACAAUAAAAUACAACUUGGUUUAUUCCUGCAAAAAUUGGUCGGAAAUUGAAUUGAUGACGCGCAAUUUGGUGUCUUCGGAGGUGAAUAGUAAUUCCUAAUCACUUACUGACCAGCCAAUCAGCACGUGCGAAAAGCACUAUUCACCUGUGUGGUCUACGCGGACUAUCUUUAUUGCAGAAACAACCUACCUGAGAGUGAAAACAUAAUGAAUUAUUUUGUAAACAGCCAAACAAACAGAAAAAAAAAUUUUAAAAAAUGAAACAAACAAAUAAAACAUGAGAAAAAUAGAAACUGGAUAGAAGACUAGAUUUCUAAAUCUAGCUAGUUGACACAAAAAUGAUCUACUGGUCUGCUGAGACGCUGAUAAUUUCAUUGACCAAGAAGUAGACAUAACGACGUAUACAGAAAAAGAAACACAUUAAAAUAUGCAGACGUACACAAUGACCAAAUGAAAUACUAUAACCAUACCUUAAAGAAUACUUAACUUUCUGAUUGAAUUUUGCUGUUCAGAUUGCAGCAACAAUGGCUCCACAGUACUGUUUCUUUUGGACAGAGGAAAAAAUGUAGGAAAAGACAACAUAAAGCAUCAAAUCGAGUUCAUCAUCUCGGUGGCAUCUUCCAUUUCUAUCGUAGACGUUGCAGUCAUUUCCUAUGCAACUGAUGCUGAUAUUGUCAUCAGACCUGGGCAAGCAUCGAACUUAACCGAAUUUUCUGAAACUUUACGCAGCGCGAAUUAUUCCAUGGGUUACAUGAAGAACUUGGGUGUAGCAUUACAGAAAGUUCAAGUGAUUGAAGAAAUUUAUAACCACUCAAAACCAGCAGUCGUAGUUGUGAUGAUAAUGGGGAAAUCAAAUGAUGAUGAAGCGCCAUAUGCGGCAGAAUUGAAACAAAGAGGUGUUACUGUUGUAGCUGUACCCUUGGAUAACAAUUAUAAUCUAGCAGAGUUGAACUUGUUGGUGUCAAAGCCAUCUACGGACCACAUUUUGGCGACGGACGUUUCAAAUUUGAAGCAUUUCGUUAGUAGAACAAGAGACGCGGUUUGCAAAGGUACUUAUGACACGUGGCAAGGGUAAUCCUUCACUUGUUUUGAUUGUUGAGGGGAAUAGGAGGGGGUCAUGUAAAUUAGUGGUUAUUGUAAUUAAACCUUCAAAUAAGAUUUUGCAAAAUGAGACAGUGCUAAAGAGGCAACUCUUGAACAGAGGGGAACAGUGAUAGUUAAUAUUAAAAAAAAUUCGUUGAUUUCUAGGGACAAACUAAUUAUUAUUUUGGCCGUGAUGAGGAACAAAGUUAAGGUUGAGGAAGUUUAAAGACGCAUUAAUGAGGAUGUGUGAACCUAUGCUUUGUGUUAGAACUUGUUGUUGCCUUCAGUCGCCAAAAAUGCGUUCCCAUGGCAGGAUUAGAAAAUCGUUCUCCUACACCUUUCUUCUACACACUUUGUAAGUUUAAUUGCGGCCACCAAAUUUUUAAUUGGUUACUUAAAGAAUUACGGGUAAACAUCAAUAAAGAGGAUCAUAGAUCAUACUGCAAGAAAGAAAACUUGCCAAACAAAAAAGUGUUCAUUAAAUCAUAAGAGUUGAAACAUGAUCAUGUAUGUUACAGGGAAGUUUUUCUAAGACAGGCUUCUCAAAAUUAUACGAAAAGACAGUCUCUCUCUCCUUCUUAUCGUCAGCUUGGAAACCAUGCACCAGUUCAGACUGUCCGCCUACGCACGAAUGUAAAAAUAAUUAUGGACAAGAUGGAGGGUUUCGCUGUAUUCCGCGUGAGUAAAAGGAAAAAUAUAGAUAUUAUACUUGCUUGAUAACCUGAACUUUGUAGAUGAAAGACCACAUGGGGAUUCUUUCUUAUUGAUGGCAUUCACUUCAGGUUAAGGAGAAUAAUGGACUCUGUAAGUGACUCAUGUCCUUUCUGCCCACUCUCAGCUUCACAAAGCCUCAAAACAAGAUAAAAUCCAUAUUUUAAAAUAAAGUUUUGACUCUCUUUAAAUUUAAUUUAAGAAAGAACAGCCUGGUUAAAUGCAACAUUUCCGCGAAAAGCGUUUCUAUCUAUCACGAGACUGGCCCUUAUAUUUGGGUAUUUAAACCCUUUUUAUCUGGCAGUUUUGGUAAACUCUAUGAACACCAAUCGUCGUUCGGGGUUCUUUCAUUUUUUGCAGUCAUUAAACAUGUUGAGUUGAAACCGCUGAUAUUUGAAUCAACAAAAAACCACUUUUUUUUUCAGCCCCCUCUGUGUGUGAGCCUAACCCUUGCAAGAAUGGAGGAAAAUGUCAAAUUGUCGGCUACAACGUGCACAAUUGCACUUGUCCAGCAGGGAUCGGAGGUGUAAACUGUACGGAAGGUCUGUAUUACGUUGGUUUUUAACCUUCGAGAUUAACAGCUUGCAGAUAAAAAUCAAGUCAACUUACUAGUCAGAAAGCCUAUCGGUCAAGAGCAGCAAUGACAUGUCUUCCAAAACGAUACAACAUAAAAGUCUAAUUGUAACUAAUCAUAUGAAAGUAGAGUGGCUAGAAAGAAUCAAAGAAACACUCAAACAACAAAUUAAGAGGGACACAAAUCAGCAUUAAACCUUAGUGGUCUGAGGUGGAGUGCCGUUGUCUAUAGAUAACUUGUCAGUAUCUUACAAAAGCGAUCAGGCCGCAAUGGAGGUAACGUAACAUUACUUCUCUGAAAGCAUACACGUAGCGUUCACUGAUAAUUUAGGAAGUUUUCUCAUUAACUUAAAAGGACGUUCUUAUGUAUUUGAGUAUUUUAUUUUUGCGACACAUGCAUUGCAGAUAUCGUAAACGAAUGUGAUUCAGCACCCUGCAAAAACGGCGGGACUUGCCGAGAUCUCCUGGGGGCUUUUACAUGCAAUUGUACAGAGGAAUUUUCUGGAAAGCAGUGCGAAAUUGGUAAGUGCUUUUUGCAUGUCUCAUGCGUUGGAAAUAGCUUAGAAUAUUUCCAGUUUUUCAUUUACGUACCUUAUUACUCACGGACUGACUGACUAACUUGCAACCAGGCCCUCACUAAGAACGAUGCAUGAUGCGCGUUUCUCUGUCCGCGGGAGGGUUGGAGACAAGGCGCUGGAGUCAGGGAAAAGUUUGCAAGAGGUCAGGCGUUGUCAAUGCUAUUUUCGAAAAAAAAGCUCGUGCCAUCAUUAACAGGGGGGGGCCUUCUCGCAGUCUUCUGACUGAGUGAUUGAACGGUUGUUUGAAUGUUUUAAACCAAGAAAGGAUAAAGUUUACGUCCUCUUUUAUCUUCUCUCCAAUGAAUGAUCAGGCAAACUGUACGCUACCACGCCCUGUUCUAUGAAUUUGGAAAAGAUGCUGAGUGUAUCGUUCAAAUAAAUCUUUAAAUUUAUAUCACCUUUUCUUUUGCUUUAGCUUGUUCAAGUCAACGAUUCAAUUUGGUCUUCUUGGUCGACGGAUCUGGUAGCAUAGAACUCCAAGGAAAGGGAAACUUUCAACGUUCCAAAGACUUUUUGAUUGCUCUCGUACGAGAAUUUGAAAUUGGUCCGGACCAAGCUAACGUUGCCACUGUUCUGUAUUCGCAAAAAUAUCGCAUAAUCCAUCACUUAGAUACCUUUAAAACAUUGGUUGGAGUAGAGAACGCAAUUCAAGGCAUGGGUUUUCCAUCAGGUGGUACACGUACUGGGCAAGGUUUAAACGUGAUUCGCAACGAGAUAUUCAAAAAUUUAGGAGCUGCCAGAGAAGAUGUUCCUAAAAUUGUGGUUGUUUUGACUGAUGGAUUGUCUAAAGACAGUGUAGUUGAUCCAUCUCGUGCUCUCCGAGAUAUGGGAGUGACAAUUAUUACUGUCGGUGUUGGCUGCUGUUUUUACAAGCCUGAGCUAAACGAGAUGGCGACGGAUCCUGAUAAAGAUCACGUUUUUGAAGCUAAAUUUUCAGAUCUACCAAAAAUUGUGGAGUCUCUUCGUGAAAAGAUUUGUUCUGGUAAGCAAAUAGAUAUAUUUCGAAUUAAAAGACCUUUGUCUCAAGGAACCUUUGAUAUGGAAGCUAGCAUGAGUUCAGUAUAUUUUGGUUUUGUCAAAUGAGCUGAUUAUGCAAGUUACCCCCUCUGACGCAGCCCCUUUGCUCGUUAAUAUCAUUUCACUCAGGCUGCUGUCGAUUAAGGCAUUCCGCUGCCAAGUAAACGUAUGAAUGGCUACUGGUGGCAUGUUCGAUGGAAGACGUUUUGCCUAUAUUUUUAAUAUGUUUUUUUUGUUUUUCAAUACAAAGUAUAGUGCUGCGUAAAAAUGCAGCAUUAGAUGGGCGUUUUAUUCCCUAUGUAUGCAUUUUCAUCGCUUUUUUGUUCCAUUACACUGCAGCUGUAGACGUUUGUAGAAAUAAUCCGUGUGAGAAUAACGGAACUUGUACCAGCUUACGGGAUGGUUUUCAAUGUAAUUGUUCAUCAAGUUGGACAGGAAAGAAUUGCUCAAUUGGUGAGUUAGACAAAAACGUUUUAUGGCUUCUUUUCUUUCACUUGUACUUGACACAUUUCUUAUUCAGGAUUUAACAGUACUUGUAAUAGGUUCCUUCAAAUAGCUUCACCUGUCUUUGAUGACACUACGUGCAACCACUUAAGCAGUGACAGUUUCAACUGAGUAUUAAAAAGAAUUCGUACAUUGCUAUAUUUUUUUUAAUUGCUUAGUGGUUGUGCUAGAAAAAAACUCCCAUCGCCUUCUCAACCAGUCAGUCACUUAUGACUUAGAGAAUAGCAAAUAUCUAUUACACCCUUUUCUCGGGCUUCAGGCGGUUUGUUGGUUGCCUUCUUUAAAUUUUUUUUUAUUUUUACAUUUUCCGUAGAUGUCGACGAGUGUUCUACCAAUGCGACAAAAUGCAAUGAAAACCAAGCUUGUCAUAACUAUCCUGGAGGAUCAAGUUGUCUUUGUAGUGACAGCCGAUAUGGUUAUAACUGUACCAUGCGUAAGUAAACAAAAGUGAUAUGUAAUAUAUUCGUUUUCAUUCUAAAGUUAUUCUUUAGAUGGGAAGAGAUUACUCAAGCGCACGGUAGCUUGGAGGCACUCGUCCAUUAACAGAACUGUAUUACGCAUUGCGACUUUCGAAACUGAAAUUUCAAGAAUUUCCUUUGUGAUAUUGAUUUUCUUUUUAUAACCAAUGUGAUUAUUUAAAUAUUGGUUCUACGGUACUAAUAGAAAUGCUCUCUAGAAAUGAGGGUUUCAAAUGACGGUAAGAGAUCCGUGAUUGCUCUCAAGGCUGAAAUCAUGACUUAAGGUUAUGUUCGUCUUUCUUUUCAUUUUGCUUGUAUUUUAAGGUUGCAAUCAAACCAAGGCUGAUGUUGCUUUCCUCGUGGAUAGCUCUGCCAGCAUUAACCAGGGAGACAAAAAUAACUAUCAACGAAUCAAAGAUUUCAUCGCAGGAUUUGUCAAGUCUAUAGUUAUUGGACAGAACGACACCAGAAUUGGACUUGCCACCUUCUCCUCGGAAAACAGUUUUAGAGUUCAUUUCAAUUUUACUGAAUAUUCCGCCACGAAAGAGUUGGUCAAUGCUGUACAGGGUAUUCCUUAUGACGCAGGUGGCACUUAUACGGGCGCCGCAUUGACUCGAAUAAGAACAGAUAUCUUCAGCUUGGCCAGAGAGGGAAUUCCCAAAAUUCUCAUCAUUUUAACAGACAGUAAAUCGCAAGACAAAGUGUCAGUUCCAUCGAAAAGUCUACGCGAUGAAGGUGUUCAUAUCAUCUCAAUUGGUGUCGGUAAUGCUGUGUACAGUGAGCUCGCAGAUAUGGCGUCUGAACCUGAUAAUGAGAAUAUCUACAAAGCAACGUUUGAUUCUCUUAGUAACAUUUUUGGAACUUUACAGGAAACUGUUUGCAAAGGUAAUUGGAUUUUUAGAAUAAAUACGUGGGUGAGGUUACUCUUUUCCGAUAAGGGGAACUUACAGAAGCGUUUUUUUGCAUCUGAGCAUGUCAGGUUUUUAUCACUAUUUCUUGGGCACAGAAUAACUUUUUCUCCUUUUCUCCUUGACUUUUUAUAGAACAGAUAAUUAGGUGGAUUACUCUUUUCCAGUAAGGGAACUUACAGAAGAGUUUUCUUGCAUCUGAGCAAGUCAGGUUUUUAUCAUUUUUCCAUAGGCACAGUAUGACUUUUCUCCACAAUUUGUUUACUCUCUCUCUCUUCAGUUGUACAAAACAAUACAGACCCUUGUCUAAGCAAUCCAUGUCAGAAUGGAGGAAAAUGCGGACGUUUCACCAAUAAAUUUAAUUGUACAUGCUUAGCUGGUUUUACUGGAGACAAAUGCGAGACAGGUGAGUGAAAGUCGUUUUUAAAAUAUUGACAAAAAAUAAACGUUUUACUUCAAAAAAUAAAUGUAAUGUCCGGCUUAUAAGCUGAUAGCUGCCAUCGAUAGCGACUAAACAAAAAAUGUUUGCCUUUUCGCAUUCCUCAGCUGUUAGGUUAGUUCGGAAUCGUGUGGAAGUUGGUAAUAUUUGUCGUAAAUUUGUCUUUACUUUGUUUUGCCUUUAGUUACAAAACUCGACAAGUGUACUCCUUCGCCGUGCUUAAAUGGCGGGCGAUGCGCAAACGCUAAUCAGACCUUCCGCUGCUUCUGUACACGCGGUUACUAUGGAAACCGCUGCGGGUCAGGUAAGUAAAUUUCUAACUUAACUAUUGAUUAAAAGCAGUUUUACUUGGGUUAUACGCAACGUUUUCAUAUCACACUACUAUUCAAAAAAAAAGAUAAUCACCACCAUCAUCAUCAUCGUCAUUAUCACUCCCACCUGAGUUAUGCGACAUGAUGUGUCAGCGAUUGCUUGUCAUUAAUCGUAUUUUCUUUAUGAUUCUCAUAUCGCGCAUCAGCACACACACACACACACACAACAAAAACCACGCGUCAUCAUUUCUCACCUUCAUUAAGGUAUCAAUGGUAUUACCAAAGUUAUCGUUAUCACGCAGGUCGUAUCAUCGCGGACCUCGAUUUAAAGACCAGUGCUAUGUUUUUGAUUGCUCAGUGUUUUUAACAACACCUUGCUGUAUCGUUUACGUUAUGUACCACGGUCAACUUGACAUAAUAUUUGCGUUUGAUCAUUCAGGCUGUGGAUUUAGGGAGCUGGGAUUGAAGAUACCCAAUACGCGUCGAAUCCCAGACAAACACGUGACUUCAUCUUCAGAGAGGGACACCGGUCACUCUGCUCAUCGCGGGAGGAUUGGUAUCGAAGUUAUGGGAACGUGGGAUGACGGGUGGUGCUCAUCGCAAACAGACACAACGCCUUACAUGCAAGUGUUCUUUGGUGCGUAUAUGUAUUUCAUCCCUUCAGAUCAGGAAAACGUAUUAAAUAAAGAAAUGAUGGACGUAAGAAAUUUCUAACGUUUAAGUGACAUGGGAACGAAUUAGUUAGAAAUUGAUAUUCUUAUGGCCGGUUGAAUGGGUUCACGUGCCAUCAUGGAGGUUUCGGAUUAUUUAAUUGUUAUUCCAAGACAAUAGAAAUACGAGUUAUCGAAACUGCUCAUCUGAAAUGGGUUAGACCUACAUCACACAGGGAAAAAAUGAAACGGCACUAGACACUUACUCGAUUUCUGUGUUCUGUUGUGUUUUUUUUUGCUUUUUUGCUUGAGUUUUUUCGCUUUCUAGGAUCAAAUUCAUGUAGUGCAUUUGUCAUCCCCCCCCUCCUCUAUCCCCUACCACCUUCCACUCACUCACCAACUUUUUUUUUCUUUUUUAUCGAGUAGAAUAUCUGACAAAUAUCACUGAGAUUGAAACCGAAGGAGUCGAAGAUGAAACGAAUAAUUUGUGGGUUGAAAGUUACUACGUUUCAACGAGCAACAGCACAGAGGGGAAUUCUUUUGUCAACUACACUGAAGAUGGAAAAACCAAAAUUGUAAGUAGAUGAUUAUUAUAAUCUGACAUUUUUAACGUCCCCCAAAAUAAGUUUAAAGUAUUUGUUACUCGAUGCUUGAUGCUCGAUCUAUGCGAGUAGCGAGACCAAUAACCGAGUAUCAAGAGUCUAGUGACGAUAAUCAACUACAGAGGUCGUAAAGGAUUAAGUCAAUCAAUUUUCUAAAAUGUUUCAUCGCUGAUUUUUUUAGUUCAAAGCUAACACAAGGAUUUCCGGGAAAAAUGUUUCUCUCCACGGAACAAGCGCUCAUUUUGUUCGAAUUCAUCCACUUAAUCACACUGGAUUGUUUGCCUGUUUGCGGGUAGCGAUGUACGGUUGUGACAAAGGAGGUAUCUAUAAUCUGCUUUACGCGUUUUUCCUGUUUUUAAUAAUUUUAUAAGCAGAUGCAUGUUUUAGUUUUAAAGAAUUAAAAGAUCUUAGCAGCAAUAAAUCCGGAAAGGAUCGGAACAGAAGCAAACGGCGAGGUGAUAUUUUAUCAUGACAUUAAUCAAUUGAUUGUCCAGUUACUGCACAGAGCAAUCGUAGAAAUCGCGUAAAUCAGUUAAUUUACAUUACUAAUUUGCUCAUCUACUGAUUCAUUUGAUCAAUUUUUUAAAAUAUCCAUAAAUUUAUUUGUUUAUUUUUUAUUCCACUUUCAUUGUCUUACCAGGCGACUUCAAAGAAUUCCCAACCACUUUGGCGGAGAGGCUUGACAAUGCUGCUUUCGCCAAGGACCCACUGUUUGAUACGUAUUUUGCUGGUACGUUCCAAUCUGUGAAGUUUACCUUAAUAAUCAGACACUUUCGGUUUUCGUUAUGUUUCGCUUUGUUAUUUUGUUUUCUUUUUUGUUUUUGUUUUUGUUUUUCACCAUCUAGAGUAUGUUUUUAACUCGUUGAUUUCUAUUUUUCAAUUUGAAACAGCCAUACCAAUUGCAGUGUUUGUAUUCCUCUUACUGGGUUCGUUAUUUUUCCUUUUGCUUCCUCUUAGGUAAGUCAAACAAAUAUUCCUAACAAAAAUAAUAGUUAUGGCAGAUUUGUCACGAAAGGCAUUCCAUUCUUGUAUUGAUAUAACAUACACAUAUGUAAUAAAGCCAUAUUUUUUUACUGGUUAUGGAAGGAAAUCUUAAGUAAUUGUGCACGUUAUCGGGCACAGUAAAAUUUGGUUAACUCUCGUCUUCCUGGUUAAAUUGAGUGGACUUGAGACACGCACCAAUUCCUGCCUGUUCUCUGUGGUGCUUCCGCCUAUGAUAGCCUAAUAAAAAUCUUCAACGAAGUGACUUAGUCAUCUGGUCUUGAAUGAAAACAAACUAAUGACAACUCAAUGGAUUAUUCAGAUAACGUAAAGCGCAGAUCAAUAUCAACAGUCAAUGUUAACGGUGCGCGAAUAAAUUCAAAAUAUCAGUUCAUUCAUUUCACUCGUCCUUUUCAGGACUCCUUCUCCGUCAGGGCCGUCAGUGAGAGAAAAUAUAAUUCGAUUCGAACAAGAACCACCUCAGCAAGGCGCUAUUCCGCUUGUCCCUACAUAUGAAGUCCAGUCCCUCAGCAUGGAACUCGGAGAAGAGCCUAUUUUGCAAGUGGAGGGUGUUAAUACCGCCUCGAACGACGCACUUUUCUCCUACGACAACAAGGUAACUUAAACAGCUAGAAAAUAAUUCACGAAGGGACCUUUUCUAUUGCUCUCCUCUCAGGUUACAACACAGGAGGGAAAAUUGCGACUGCAGUCCCUCCAGCAAGUCGAGACCGAAAUUUGAACCAUUUUACCUGUUCCUCAAAUUCAAAUCCAAGGGAAUUGUUUGGCACAUGUUCUGAGCUUUUAGAUUCAAGGAUCAAGUCUCCGACCUUUUCCAUUUAUGUCAUGGUUGCUUCAUCGUGUGAACGGCCAAAGAGACUCUCAGGGACAUGUUCCCUGAGCAUGUCUCCCUUAAACCAGAUUCAUUUUUUCUGUAUAAGGAAACUUACGGAAUACCAUAUAAAUGCAAGGGGUGUUUAUCAAACUGCGAUGUAUUUCCUUGGAACUUAAAUUUUGUUGCUAAGAAUGCACUUAUCUAGUGUAUGCUUAUUAAGUUCUUGUCUCUUUAAAUCUCUUCUUCCAGAUUUUCAGUUUCGACCGUCAAGUGGGUUUAGCUAGCCAAGGCCAGAGCAAUCUCCUAUGAGCACCUGAGAACGGUUUAUCCUUUAAACCCUAGCAUCAGUUUACGUAUUCUCCAUACUGUUCUACAUACAUUUCCUAAGAUGUCGACAAGGAGAAUUUGUUAAACAAGCAAGAGCUUCUUUAGUGAAUGAUCAUUUCCUUUUACUCUCGUGACCCUAAUGUGUUCAUCAGAGGUUAUAUUGCGAAGAGAUUCCAGUCACUCUAUGGCAGUCAAAGGGUUAAUGGUGGUUGUAAAAAUGUUUCCUUCCACACCUUAAAAUUAACAACACGCCAUGGUACAAUUUGACAUAAUUGACAUGUAUAAUUCAAAAUGACAAUUUAUAAACAUAUUUUUAGUUGCAAUACACUGCUAUAUAUUAAUCAUCAAAGGAGGUGACUUUUCCUGGAGAUUCUAACAGAUAUAGAAAGAAAAAGGACAUCGCUAAAAAUGCAAUUGUCUUAAAAAUCCUGAUGCAAUUUCAUGAGAGAUCAAAUUACUUUUUUACGUUCAGUAAAUCUAGUUUUCUUUUGUUUUCAGUAUUUGUAUUAUUGUCCUGUAGUUGUAUGAUAAAUGGAAAAUGAAUUAAAGUUAUGCAAGGCUCU